GUCAUUCUUGCGUGGUCUCAGACAGUGUCGUGAAAGUUACCAAUUUGCGCGAAGCGUCAUUGUUAGUUUUGUUUAUACAAAUAUCUCCUGGAGUAUGAAGAGUUGUGCAUAAUUCUACAUCUUAUUCCGAAGAGGAGUCUAACAAAGUGUGCUUGCAAAAUGAUUCUCAAAUUCUUCGUCAUCUUUACCAUAUGUCAAAGUGUUCUAUGCCAUCCUCAGACUCUUAAACUGCCAGAAAUACGAGAAAUACAACCAUUCGAAGUAAAUAGUCUAGUUCAACACAAUCUUCGUCCUAGAUCCAUAGCUCCAACUGCAGAUAUUUUCUCACUCAACAAUGUGGAAGACACCAUCAAAGAAGUAGAAGCUAUGCUCAAAGCCAACCCCACUUUACCUAGAUUGACUCGGGGAGAAAUCCUAGACCUUUUGGAGAAUAUAACUCAAACAGACAUGGAGAAGAAGAAUCUGAAAGGUACAAACGAGGAAACGAAGGAAAGGGAUCCUAAAGCUAUCAUGGUGGUGAUGCCAUUCACACCAUCAAAUGGUAACGAUGUUAAUAUGCAAGAGUUAUUCACUAAACCUCCUGUGACCCACAUUGUGGGGGCUGAACCUUUCAAAACUCAGGCAGACUACACAUUCAAAAGAAUACCUUCAGAAAUCAGCAGCAUCCCAGAAUUAGGUAACAUACCUAGAACAUCAACAGGAACGAAAACUCCUUCCACAUCUACUCCUGUUUCCACUGCAUCUUCAAAUGCACCACCUCAGUAUACGGCGAAAAAGACAGGCACCCGAAGAAAAAGACCUCCAACAGCUUCAACGAACUUACCAACAGCAACGCCAUCACCUACGACUUACCAUCCUUCAAGAAGACCGAUCAGAAGGAGACCUGCUAGUACUGAAAGAUAUCCAAAUCAUAAAUACCCAGAUGAAGUUCCCACAGAGGCAGCCCAAGUUGUUACUGCGUCACCAGGUUUUGGAAUAAAGAUCAUAGAGGCCCCGAAGUUUACUGCUAGUGAUAUAAACGAAGAUUUACAGAUGCAGGAAAACCAGUAUCCUGGCCAAGUGGAGAAUAAUUCUCCAGGAGUUGCUAAUGAUGUUAACGAAAAGAAACAGGGCAGUACUGGUUCUCCUUUGUUGGAUUUGGUCCCUGAUAAUUUAAAAAGUGUUUUGAACGACAUAAACUCUCAAACCAAAAAACCUUUAAAACCUAGUACACCUCCCACUACAAGUAAGGAAAAAGAAGAGGAAGAAAAAAUAAGGAACAUGCUAGCUUCCUUCGGAAUUUUACCCCUUAAGACAACUUCGACCACAACUCACGUUCCAGACAUCAGCAAUGUCGCCGACAAUCUAACUCCAGAGAUGAGAGACUUGCUCAUGAAUUUUGGAUUGAUCUCAGACACAAAUGAGAAGAAAGAUGUCAUCCUCAGUCCUACCACUGAAGAAACUUAUGGUUUCAAUCCUGUGAAGGCAGAAGUUGAACCUGAGGCUUACGGAGGCUUCAAACCUCUCCCUGAAGAUGAUUCUAGUAGAGCCGAUAUGGAAGAAUUGUUAGCCAGAUUUGGUUUGGGUAAGAAUUCUAGAAAAGAGAAGUCAUUACCGAAGAAAAGAGACGAGAGGGAGGAGAAGAAAGAUAACUCACAUGGUUUGAAUUUUGAGGUAGUUCCACAACAGUAUAUGGAGGUGUUGGAGGAUAUUGGACUUGCAGACAGACAAGGGAGAAUGAUUAGGGCGCAACCACUGGCCAAAACUCAAGAAAAACAACACGUUUUCAACCCAGGAGAGCCACAGUACGCUUCAAGCGAAGAACUCGAAAAGUUAAACAGACUUUUGGAGGUAGUCAGGCAGUUGGAACGACUGAACGGCACUGUGACUGAUGAAGACUUGAAAAAAAUCGACAUGGACGACCUGAAAGAGCUCAUAGCCAGCCUCAACGAGGAAAACAAAAUUGUGCCUCUGUACCAACAAGACGCACCAAAUCCAGUUAACUUUGACUUCGGAUUAGAGAAAAAUGAAGUGAAACGUCAAGAAAACUCUACUAGUACUACCGAGGCACCCUCAACUUCCGCGGCACCCUUAACUUCCACGGAGGAAGUUCAGACGGCGAACCUGAAGGAUUUAGAGGCCUCUUUCGGUGGUCAAGUUGAUUCAAGUCCGGUCACCGAGGAGCCCGAGGAAAGUACCACAGAGGCGCGUAAGACGGGUUUCUAUUACCUUGUGGAUUGGAAUACGUUUUUGGAUAUAGAUGAUCAGAAGGGUAAAAGGGUGAAUUUGAGGUUCCAGCCUAAGGUUGGGGAUCCCAAGAGGUUUUAUUCCGUGAGCGUGCCUUAGUUUGUUAAUCUUACAGUUUCUUGAAGAAUUUGCUCAAUUAAGUUUGGAUAUCUACUAAUAUAGAAGUAGAAGUAAUACAAAUUUAUUUCUAUAAAGAAAUUUAUAUAUUUUUUAAACAUUUUUAGCUAGUUUAAAAGGAUAUAUUGUAUUUAUUUCUAUAUUUGUGGAUUAACAUUUUUUAUUUAUGUUUAAGUACAUGUACUCUCGCGUUGGAGUUUUUAAAAAAUUGUACAUAAACUUUAGGUAUU